AUGAACAGAAUCCUGCUGUUAAUGGCCUUUGCGGCCGUUGUUGUGGCUGCUGGAAGGAUAACUGUGAAUCCGGACAGGAUUCAGGGUAUUGACCGCAUGUCCCUGGAGGAUGUGCAGCGCCAGAAGUUCAUCCUGGACAUCGUGCAGAAUAUCCGACAGCCCUUGCAGCAGGGUGAGCUCAUCCAACUGGACCAGGGUCUGAUUGUGGACAGCCAAAGGUAUCGUGGCGGCAUCGAUGAGGUGAUGCAGCGCGUCAUCGAUUUGGAUCGCCAGCGUCGCCUGCUCGAUGAGCACCAGGUGUACUCGGUGGGUCGUCUGGAGGAUGUGCAGCAACUGCGCGGCAUCUACCGCCUGCUGGUUCGCUCUGUGGACUUUGAUACACUGCGCCGAAAUGUGGUCUACUUGCGCCGCAACAUCAAUCCCGUGCUGUUGGUCAACGCCUUGGCCCUGGCCAUUCGCGAUCGCGAGGACACUCGCUCUUUGGUUGUGCCCGCUAUCCAGGAGCUGCUCCCCGAACUUUAUCUGGACGAGGAGGUCAUUGACCAGGUUCGCGGCGUCCUCAGGGAGCAAUCCCAGCGCCCCUCGCUCAUGGACAUUGUGGGUCUACGCCAGCGCGCCAUGAAUCCCAUGCUGAACAUCCUGAUGCCCUGGCGCGAGAUUCACAUGCAGAUGGCUCUGAUGAAGCAGCAAAAUCGCCUGAAUGUCGGCGGCCAGAAGCGCGUGGUCAUCCGGGCCGAGAACCAGGGUCAGUUGGAGGGCACCUCCCUGCUGACGGACGACAUUGAGCUGCGCAACUUGGUCCAGAAUCUCAUCCAGGAACUGGCCCUGCUGGAGGAGGACUCGCAGCAGGAGCAACGCCAAUGGAUAGGCAAUGAGAGGGAACGUGAGCAGUUGAUCAACAGCGAGCAGGAGUAUCGGGACCAAUGGAUCGGCCGUCAGUACAACAGCCGGGAAAGGCAGAUCGAUCAGAAUGUGGGCAGUGGACGUCUGCUCUACGUGAACCGUCGUCGCCUCCAGGAGCAACAGAACCAGGAUGAGGGUCAGUACGUCUAUGGCAGCCAAAGGGAGCGAUUCCAGCGACUGCUCCGUCGUGAUGAUGAUGAUGACGAUGAUGAUAACAACGACAUUCGCAUGGGUCGCGUGCAACUGCAGCGUGGAAUCAGCCAAGGAGGCCUCCGAAUGGGAGGAGUUCGUGACCUGCCCACCGUGAGUGUGAACAGUGACCGCCUGCUCCAUGUGGGCCGCCGUCGGUUGAACGCCAUCCAGCAGGACGAGCAGCAGGAUCAGUUCACGGGACGCCAGCGUUUCAUGGGCCUGGUGAGGGGCGAACGCUUCAGCGAGGGUCGUCGAGUGGGGCAGCUGGAUGAGGGACGUCAGGAGCGUCAGCGACAGAACUUCUACCGAGAUGAGGACGAGGAGGAGCAGAACCAAAUCCAGAGACAAGGACGUCGCUUCGGUGUCCAACAGGAGGGUCAGAGCUAUGCCGAUCAGCUGGAGAGCGUGGAUCGCGAUGAUGAGCGAUUGGUGCACAUCAACCGACGUCGCCUCAGCCAGGACAUCCAGCAACCGCAACAGCAAAAAAUAAUUCCCCGCAGAAUCAGCUCCAUUGGCGAGGGUCGCCGUGUCAUGGGCGAUCGCCCCAUCGAGGACGAGGACAUCCUGAAGUUCAUCCGCGGCGAGAACCGCCUGAAGCUGAUGACCGACGACGAGAUCCUUGAGAUGCUCAAGAGGAACCGCCAGCAGCGCCUGGAGAAGAACCAUAACGACGAUGAUGAUGAUGAUGACAACGACGAUGAUGAUGAUGAGGAUGUGGAGCGCCGACAGGGACUACGAAGCCGUCGCAGCCUGAACAAUCUGCCAAUCCGUCAGCUGAACAACCGUCGCAGCGAGAUCAUCCUGCAGAAUCUCCGCCAGCUGGUGGCCCGCCUCAACCAGGAGGGCAUCUCCCAGGGCCUGGUGAUCGACCAACAGGAGCAGCUGUCGCAAACCGAAAGGUACCGCCUCCGCCUGAACCAAAUCCGCAUCGAUUCCCAGCGCAACCGUGAGGUCCUCGGACAGAUUGGCCAGAUUGAGCAGCGUCUGCAGCAGGUAAUUGGUCAGGUGCUGAACCAGGUGAAUGUCAGACAGAUGGAGGAUCAGCGCCAGGUGGAGUCCCUGAUCGCCGACGUGCUGCUGGGUCGCCUCGGCCAGGUGGGCAUCAUCCAGAUCAUCCGCCAGGUGGUCCAGGAGAACAACGGCCAGCAGAUCGAUCGCACCGGCCUGGGCAUCCGUCUCAGUGAUCCCGUGGUGCAGUACACCCUUCGCCGGAUCGUGAGGAUCGUGGACCAGCAACGCGAGCAGAUCCUUGGAGCCUACCGCCAGGAGCAGCUGCAGAUGCGCGGCGUUUCGAUCAACGAUGUGCGCGUGGACAAGCUGCGCACUCGCAUCGAGGAGUACGACUUGGACCUCAGCAACCUGGUCGAGCAGCAGGAUCAGCGGUUCCAGCAGGAGAUUGUGGGACGCCAGCGACGCCUCGGCAACAAGGCCUUCACCAUCGACAUGGACAUCACCUCGGAGCAGCAGGAUCAGGAUGCCAUAGUUCGCGUCUUCCUGGGACCCGCCGAGGAUCAGCAGGGCAGGCAGGGUGCUUCCCUGGACGAGCGCCGUCCCGAUUUUGUCCUUCUGGACGCCAUCAGUGUGCAGCUGCAGAAUGGACACAACCGCAUCCAGCUGAGGUCCGCCGACAUCCCCUGGACCAAACGCGAUGUGACGCCCCUUUCAGAGAUUUACCGCCGGGUGAUGCUGCAGCUGAAGGGCCAGCAAGAGCAACAGGUCCUGGGCAUCCAGCAGUUGGUUGGCGAGAACGGACGCUUCCCCCAGCACUUACUGUUGCCCCGCGGAAGGCCCGAGGGUCUGCCCAUGCAGCUCCUGGUGGUCGUGUCUCCCCUGGUGGAGCAGCAGGUCCAGGAUAUCGAUCCCGUCAUCAGCAUUGGCAUCGGUUCCGCUUCCCUGCGGGAUAUCCGCCCCCUGGGCUAUCCCCUCGACCGACCCAUCCGCAAUGAGCAGGAGCUGCUGCAGCUGUCCAAUGUCCUCCUCCAGGAUGUGGUCAUCAUCCAGGAGAACUAAGUGCCCACUAGGAUGUUUCAACCGAUCGUCAGACCAUUCGCUCUACCUUGGACCCAUCUGGAAAACCCUUAACGAACCGUAG